CCCCCCGAGGCGGCCGCAGCCAAUGAGCGGGCUGCUGGCCGAGAGGAGUGCUGCGUGUGUGGAGCCUCUUCAUUGUACUGAAGCCGCGGCGGAGCCCGCAGCCGACAUAAGAGCCCUGUGUGCGGGACCCGAGCGCUCACACCCCUCCCCACACACCCGCACAUCCAGGACCGGCAGACCCGCACCUUGGAUUAACCUCACCGGCAGAGAAACAUCCACCAUUCCCCCUCCUCUCAUGACCGAGCAGCCCGGACCGCGCAUGCAGAGAGAAGAAGAAGAAGCGGCGGCAGCGAUGCGGCGGCUCCGCUGUUAACUCAUCGGACCUUCCUCCCUUCUUCUUCCUCGCUUCUUCAUCCCUUCGUCUUCCCUCCUCUUCCUCUCUUGCUGUCGCCGGCUCCAGUCGGAGGAGGCCGCCGGGUGAAGCGGGCCCAGGAUGAAGCUCAAGCCGAACCAGACCAGGACGUACGACGGCGAGGGAUUCAAGAAGCGGGCGGCGUGUCUGUGCUUCAAGAAUGAGCGUGAGGAGGAGGUUCUGUUGGUCAGCAGCAGUCGACACCCAGAGCAGUGGAUCGUCCCCGGAGGAGGGAUGGAGCCAGAGGAGGAGCCGUGUGGUGCCGCUGUGCGAGAGGUGUUCGAGGAGGCCGGUGUGAAAGGAAAGCUCGGACGUCUGCUCGGUGUAUUCGAGCAAAACCAGGAUCGAAAACACCGGACAUACGUGUACGUGUUGACUGUGACAGAAACCCUGGAGGCCUGGGAGGACUCUGUCAACAUAGGCCGUAAGCGGGAGUGGUUCACCGUGGAGGAGGCUAUCAAAGUGCUGCAGAGCCACAAACCCGUCCACGCAGAAUACCUGCGGAGGCUCCAACUCAGCUGCUCCCCAACCAACGGAAACUCCAUCCUGCCCAGCCCGCAGCCCAAUGACAACUUCCCCCAUUACAGCGCCACCGCCAACACACCCUCGACGGGGAGCGUGCUGGGCUCCUCCUGCAGAUAGGACUGCACCUCCACCUCUUUUUUUCAUUUUCCUGUCCAGCUUGGACAGUUUACUGAAAGUCUGUACAGUCUUGCAUGAAUCUAAUGACUUUUCAGAGUCACAGCUCUCUUGUAUGUAUAAAUUCUAGUCUUAGCUGCAGGACAGACCAAAGCCAUUUGCCAGCGCUGUGUUAGAGACUCGUGUAACUGAGCAGAAGCAGGUGGAGAAGCCGGGACAGAAAAACUGUGGAAAUGGCGAAUGGAAGAAACCUUUAUUUUGCUGGCGAACACCAGACUGAUGAGCUGACGUUGUGGAGGAAGCUGCAGACUCUGCUGGCAUGACUGAGCUGGUGAAGGAAUGCCUUACUGAACCUUUGUAUGAAUGUUGUUCUUAUUUCACUAACGCUCGUUUUUAUUUUCUUUAUUAGAACGGAUUUGCUCUCGAGUGAAUAAAAAGGGGAGAUGACCCCAGAGCAUGUCCAUGUGGGGGGUAGGGGUGGGGGGGGGGGCUGAAUAAUGUCUUCAUCAUCAACCAGUGAUGAUAACAACCAAAUAUCCGAUUUUACUACACAGAUAUAACUUUAAAAAAAACACCCUGAGCACUGAUGUGUUUUGAGAAUCUCCUCUUUUCAUUUUUUACACCAAGUGGGAUUUUUCUUUACCUUCAAUCAUUCAUUAAAUGCAUUUGUUGUUAAGUUACUUGGCCUAAAAAUUAUUAACCAAUGUCCAAACAUUGCUUUCCAAAAAGACAAGUGGUGGCGAUACAAUCAAAGUGAAAGUUCUCACAUGCAUUAGUGAAAACGAACGCUCACUGAUAAAGCUGUCUGUGAGUUUCUACCUCGGCAAACUGGAUCUGGGUCGUGACGCUCGAUGGUUCGAUCUCCGACGACACAACACUGCUGUGUUUGUAGUUAAACUUUACUCGAUGCCUCUGAAUCUCACGUCAGCUAACCUUGACUGAUCCAACCCAUUGUCUGCUUCAGGCCACAUACCUUUACGUCAGCGCUCUGCGUUUCCCAUGUCGUCAAAGUGAAAGUAUUUAAUGAUGCAGAGAACAUCUUUGCCUCUGGGCGUUGCUGUCUGCUGCCUUGAAGACAAAUGAGUUCACUUCAACUACGUUUGUAUAAAAAGAACAUUUCUUUUAACCUUGAAUGAAAAAUAAUGCAGAUUCACUUUUGUGUCUUUUAAACCAAUGUUUAUCAGUUUUAUUGUUUGUCACAGUGCUGGAAUGCUUUUUGGUCAAAGCGACCAUCAGAUAACACAAUUUACAGUAUGAUUGUUUUUGUCUACGAUAAUUUAAUUCUACGGCUGCAGUUAAUUCAUCUGACAGGUUUUGUUCCAAUUAAUCUAUUAGUCGUAAAAAAUGAAAAAUAUGAAGAAUUUUCAUCACCAUUUCUAUAUCCCAGUUAUUGGAUCAUAAACUCAGUUUCUUAUUGGUUCAAAAUUGAAAAUAGUGCAGCUUUCAUUUCAAAAAAUGUUUGUCUGUGUUAACAAACAAAAAUGACAUGAUGUCCAUGUCCCACAUAAACGAUUACAUCAUGUUUCCUGCUGCCUCUUCACUGUCAAACACCUCCCUCUGAAAUGUUCUGCUGAACGAUACUGACCACACAGAGAUUUGUAAAUAGCUUUGCAGAGAAAUCUUGAAAACGUGUUUUUAACCUGAAUGAACCUGUAAAAAUGUUCUCUUAACAUUUUCUAUAUUUUUUAAACGAUGUACAAAAGAUGACAGGAAAACAAGGACAUGCAGAAAAAGCUCACUGAUUAUUUACACAAGAGGUUUGGGAUACGGAGAGUUGGUCACUUUGUGUUUUAUUGUGAAAUGGAGACGUUGGAAGUGAUGCAUUGUUAAAACGUGAUUUGGUGUUUUUCAUGUGGUCGUACGUAACGAAUCGAGGUGAACGAAUGAACACAGCACUAAAUUUGGGGGAGAGUUAACGCUUUAGAUUUUCAAAAUGUUUUGCAAUUCAUGAUCAUUAACUUUUAUUUGUUGUGGCCAAGCAAGUAAACAAAUCUGAGCAUUAAUGAGCAUGGAAAUAACUGUAAUCUUUUUUUGUAUCUUAUUUUGAAGGCAUUGGUGAGAAUAUGAAAAACCGGUUUUCACUUUUUCAAAAUGUUUAUUCAGAAUCUUUGGUUGGAGCAAAAACACAAAACCCUCUGAGCAGCCCAAACUUGUCUCCUGCUUCUAAAAUUUGGUUGCCCUUUACCCUCCACAGAAUUCACUGCUCUAUCAUCUUAGCUUCACUAUAGUUGACUCAGAUUUGCCAAUAGAGCUAAAAUCAAGUUAUGGUUUGUUCAACAGUUCAAAUGUGGACUCCAACCACCUUAAACCUCAGUGUGUGUGUGUGACGUAUGAAUUGUUGAAUGUGAAAUAUGAUGUGCCAAAUGAAAAAAAUACUGGUGGUCAGACCUGUAAUAAUAUCUUCUACAUCAUUUGACAUUGAAAUGAUUGAGAUUAAAACAUUACACUCUUCUUUACCCCAUUUACCAUUUUCAUAUGAUUCAAAUCAACAUAAAUUUACCUCCCACCCUUUAAUCGUGAUGUUUUGCUGCUUUACAAAUAAGAAACACCUUCUUUCUCCUCUUGUUGAAAUGCUGUGUGACGCUGUGUUGAUCUUAUGAUGGGUUAAAUAUCACAGAAUAUGGAGAGUCCCUCAGUAUAAAUGUGUUUGACUCAUGAAAUGUUAAACAGCUGGUCCAUGACAUGACUGUUCUAUUAUGGAUUCAGACUCCUUGAAUGUUUGCUGAACACGUUGUGAUGUCAUGACAACGGUAAUCAAAGUGAGUUAACGACACGUCACUGUUUGUUCUUGAUUAUUAUGCACAGAGACGAUUAAUGUGAAAGUGAUUUCAGGAGCUGGACUGGAAAGAUUGUUUUUGAGAAAUCAAAAUGCAUUAAAGGGAAAAAAAAACUUA